UCUCUACUGAAAUUGAACGCUGUUUUCAACAAUUCUCCUCCAAUUCCAUAUUCUUUCUGUGUGUUUGUAGGAGAAGGGGAAGAUCUCUCUCAGAUAUGCAACGUGGGAACGAUUUCAGCUUCAAUUCAUCAAAUUCCUUCGUCUAUCCUCACUCCUACCCUAACCCUAGCGAAUUCCCCUGCCCAAAGCAAUCCCAACCGAGCUCCGCAUACGUCCCUUCUCAUUCCCAUUUCUCUCCAUCGGACAUCUCCAUACCCUAUCCCCAAAUACCGGAAGCCCCGCCCAAUCCUCCGCCAGCAACGUAUCCUCACCUUCUUCCCGAUCUCCCUUACAACCCCCAGUAUCCCUCGGCAAAUUACGCGGCACAUUUGUUCACCAAUUCUCAUCAAAAUCCCUCCUUUGUCUCUUCUUAUCCUGUGAUCGAGAACCCCUAUUUUGGAGCUGGGGUGCUUGGUGUUGAUGGUUUAUGUGGUAAUAAACUAGAGAAUGAUUUUGGUUACAGUGAGUUUGGAGAGGGCGUCUAUGCCUAUGAAGGGGGUAGCGGUAAGCCCUGUGGCUCACAUGGAACGGGGUCUGUGAUGUCUUCUUCUUCGUCUUCUUGGACUGGUUUUGAUGAUUAUGGGAGAUCUUUGGGGUUCUCUUCAUCUGGGAGGGAGCAGGUGGGGAGCUUGGGAAAGGUGGUGAGAGCGGAGCCCAAAGCAGAGACGCAGCAUGAUGCGCGGAGUGGAGUGCAGAAGUUCCGGGUUAAGUUGUUGGCUGAGAGCGCCGGGCAGAGCACCAUGGAUGUUCUUUGCCAGGUUGGUUUGGAUGGGAUUCACAUGCUUGAUCCAGGCAGUAAUAGAACAUUGAGAAUCUAUCCGCUUGAGAAUCUGACAAGAUGGGAAGUAAUGGAUUCAUCUAUAUUUGCUUUCUGGGCUAAAAGCUCUGUUGAUAUUGAAUCUAGGCGAAUACGGCUGCAAUCUAACAGUUACACUUCCAAUACUAUGCUCGACACUGUGACCGCUGCAAUAGCUCAGCUCAAGGAGAUUGGUGGAACUUAUGAAGCUAGCAAGCGAUCUGAACAGUCAACUGAAAAGAAGAAGGGAUUUGGCGAUUGGAUGAAUUUGAUUAAGCCUCAUCACUAUGAAGAAAAAGAUCAUUGGGUUCCGGACGAAGCUGCUGGCAAAUGCAUAUCAUGCGAAAUACAUUUUGGUGCUUUUGUAAGAAGGCAUCAUUGCAGGAAUUGUGGUGAUAUUUUCUGUGAUAAGUGCAGCCAAGGUAGAAUACCUCUCACUGCUGAUGAACAAGCUCAGCCAGUACGCGUUUGUAGCAAAUGCAUGGAAGAAGUGACUCAUCGACUUAAUAUUGCAAAAGAGUCCAUCGGAAAAUCUUCUGGAUUCAACACCCAUGAGGUUCUUGCUAGAAAACUUCAGGAAGAGUUGGACAAGAAGCGGAGGACACUUGCAGAUACAAAAUCGUCAUCAGAUGGGUUCAAUCAACGAAUGCAGGAAGUUGCUUGCCCAACCUGUACAGUCCUCCUCCAGGUUCAGGUUCCCACCUCUGGUUCAGAAACUAUAGAGUGUGGUGUUUGCCAGCAUCCCUUCCUUGUCAGCGCAAAUUAAUCACCUGAUUGUAAAGAAAAAUUAUUCUGUGCGGACACCGAAUGUCAUUCGGAAAUCAACCAUAAUGCACCAUGUCACCCCUUCGCUCGGUACCACGGCUCGGUACUGCUCGGUACCGUUGAUAUGGCUGCACCUUAUUCGCCUCGGGAUAUAGUGCUACGUAUGGCGUCCGCACAGAAUAAUUUCUUGAUUGUAAGAUACUCAGUUCUGUGUUAUUAUGUUUUCAGUAACAUAUGGUUUUCUUUUUAAUUCCAGUUGUUUCAAUGCUUUGUGUAUAACUAUAUCUAUGCUUCUCAUAAGGUGAUGUAUGGAAUAAUCUGUCUGCCAGUUUGUCUUAGGCAUCGUUUGGGAUGGCUUUUUUACUGCUUUAAGAAGCUGUAAAAAAGCUGUCCCAAACGAAACCUUAGUGAACUGUUUUCAUUGUAGCCAAUUGAAAGUAGCAAAUGCGAAAUGUAUUUUUGGAAGGAUAAAUCAUGUUUGCAUCAUCUCCAUCUGCUAUAAAACAAUGCCAUGCUAGUCUUUGAUGUC